AAGAAGCUUUUUGGAUGAACAUGCUAACAGACACCUGAACUCUGUCUGCUUUCUUUACGGUUUACUUCUGUGGAUUAACCAUUUCGCUACACGUCUGUCAUCAGUCUGUCAUCAGUCUGUCAUCAGUCAUGCUGCCUCUGAAGGAGAAGGACAAACCCAUCGUCCAGAAGCUGCUCUCAGCCGGCUGCUGCGCUCGCUGCAUCCUCAGAUUCUGCUGCGUUCGGGUUCAGGCCGCCUACAGACAACCACAACAGGAUACACUGAAGGAACUACAAGCUUUCAUCUGCGACACAGAAAACAGCAAAUCCCAAGAUUCAGCAGCAUCAGAGGCCACAGAAGAAAACAACAAGUCCCAUGAUGCAGCUGUAUCAGAAGCGCCUGAAGAGCCACCGACCAAACGAGUUAAACUGGAGCCGAGUGGGACAGACGCUCAGUCUGAGGAAGACGCUGCUGCUGCUGCUGCAGCUGCAGCUGUCACACUGAAGGAGGAAGAGUCGCACGUGUGUGUGCUGUGUUUGGGAAUCCUGCAUCAAUUCUGUGGCGCGUCUCAGGCUGUAAAGAUAGCCGAGACAGUGAAGGAAGAAAAGUACGAGUUUGACACCCUGGUGCUGUCUGUGUCUCUGCCGGCUCAGCUGUGUGUCCGGGAGCAUUCCUGUUGGCUCCACGUGAAGAAGGAAGUGAGAGAAAAAGGUCUGGUGCUCGAUAAGGACGACGUCAUCCAGGUGAAGGAGGCCUUCAAGUGGAUCAUGCAGGGCCUGGUCGCAAAGGAGCUGGGGAGGGGCGUUGCCGUGGUUACCAGGAGCGCGUUCGAGGUCGGCGUGGAGUUCAUUCACGAAGCAACAGACUCGGACUGUCACUUCCUCGCGUCAGCGUGUCCCGACUGUUUCAAACCCACCAAGAACAAACAGUCGGUGUUCACCAGGAUGGCGGUGGUCAAAGCUCUGGAGAAGAUAUCUGACGCCAGAUUUCUGAAACACUACCCCUGUCCUCCGGCGCAGCCGUCCAGCUGUUGCAGCCUUCAGGACGUCCAGUGUGUCCACGUGUCCGUCUUUGUAGCAGGGAGAUACAACAAGUUCUGCCGCAGUCUGCCUCAGACGCCCUGGGUGAUCGACGGAGAGAGGAGGAUGGAGUCUUCGGUGGAGGAGCUGAUCGCGGCGCCCAUCCUGUCCGCCUUCAGAGCCGACGGUUUUAAUUUCUCCUCGUCCGGCAGAGAGGACGUCGACGUCCGGACUCUUGGAAAUGGUCGUCCGUUUGCGAUGGAGCUGCUGAAUCCUCACAAAUCCAGACUGAGCAGAGCGGAGAUGAAGCAGCUGCAGGAGACCAUUAACAAAUCUUCAGAUAAAAUCAGAGUGAGAGAUCUGCAGGUCGUCUCCAGAGAGGCCAUGAGUCGGAUGAAGGAGGGCGAGGAGGAGAAGACGAAGUCGUACACGGCGCUCAUCUGGACCCAGAAACCGAUUGAGAGAGAGGAAAUCACCUUCAUCGACGACAUCAAGGAGCUGACUCUGGAUCAGAAGACUCCUCUGAGGGUUCUGCACCGCCGGGCGCUCGCCGUCCGACAGCGAGUCAUCCACAGCAUGAACACCCGCUUCCUGGACCCACAUCACUUCUACCUGGGACUGAAGACGCAGGCCGGGACUUACAUCAAAGAGUUUGUCCACGGAGACUUUGGACGCACCAAACCCAACCUGUGUGAGCUGCUGAAGACGGACACGGACAUCCUGGAGCUGGACGUGGAGUCUGUGGACGUGGACUGGCCUCCCGUCAUACCGGAGUGAACGCAGCUUCAACCUGAGCGAGGCCGGAUCAGGUUCUGUUUGAACCAUCCGCCACGUUCACAGCGCCUGAGCCCGACGGUGUAAAUACUGUCUGGACGUGAAGAGGGAAGUCACGCUGCUGCUGCUGCUGCUGCUGCUGCUGCUGCU